AUGGUUCGAGCACAACCCAAGAUCUUCCAAAUUCUGGUCAAGACGCAUAAAGUGACAGUAUUUUUAACGUUCCCUAACACGACCACAAUGGCGGAGGUCAAGACGGAGGUGCUGUCCGCAUUGCUCGAUGAAGUCACGGAAAGCGUAGAUGUGUUCAAACCGACGAGCUUGGAUGACUUUGCCCUCGCCGUGGAGAGACCACCAUUGAACUCCGGCAACUAUGAGACGGUCGAAGAUGACAAGAAGUUGAUUGAAGUUGCGAAGAAUUGGGAGCGACUAUACGUGCAAUUCAGAGAUCCGGAGAGUGGGGAACUGCAGCCGGUGAUUGUCACUUUACCGCCAUUGGAUGACGAAGAAGAGUUGGAGAUGGAUGUCGACGAGCCGCCGGUGGUCGAGAGUGAGGUCAAGAAGGGGAAGAGGAAGGCGUAG